AUGCUUUCUCUACCAUCUGAAGUUCAACUUGAUGUAUUAAAAUCUCUUAAUUUCACUCAAUUAUUCUCUUUAAAACAAGCCAAUUUUUAUUUUUGCAAUUUAAUUAAUAAAUAUGAAGGAGAACUGGCACGAAUGGAAUUUUUUAAAAUUGAUAUAUGGCAAGAAGCGAUAGACAAUUCAAUUCCGUUGUUUCUUCAGGAAGAGGACAGCAAAUUUGCUUUAAUAGUUGCCAAAAAUUCCGUUUUUUAUGUAUUGAAUUUGGAAAACUUUCCUAAAAGUAUUGAAGAGAUGAUUAUUGUUCGUUGCUGGUUAAAACACCUAUUUAAGUGCGCUUUUGAGUAUUGUAAUUUUCGAGAUGUAGUAUUUAAUCCAGAAAUGAUCAACAUAUUAUUUGAUAAUUACAACACAAUUCCAACCCAAUUUAAUAUUCAACUCGCACGUUUUGUUCCUAGCAAUAAUUUCUGUAAAAAUUUGCUGGAUUUCGUUUUAACUCAUUUAUCAAUUUGUGAACUCUUCAUUUAUUUUACAGAGGUUGACAUUAUAGAACAAUAUACAGAUAUUUUAUUCAAUAUUUUAACAAAUAGAGGCAAUAGAUUCCCACACGUUUUUUUUCAAUUUUUAUAUGGACUUCCAGCACUUUAUGAUCUUAUUGUUGAACAUAUAACAACAAAAGACUGUUCAAAAAUAGUGCCUUAUAUUCGUUUAAAAAUUUUUUUUGAUGCAAAUUUUAAAUUAAGUGAAAGAGCAGAAAAGGUUAAAAUUAAGCAAUUAAAUGGUGUCAAAUAUACAAAUUAUCAAAUUUCCAAUAUUAAUUAUUCAAAAUCGAGAUUUUAUAUUUAUUCAAGAGAACCUGAAGGAGAAUCUAGUUUUUAUUAUUUAAAAAUAAUGAAAGAGUAA